AGUACCGUAGAAUUAAAUAAAAUUUCGCAACCUCAAAAAACUGUUCUGCUCACAGUAAACACAGUCGGUAGUCUGGCGCUCCGUUUACAACGGGAUUUUUGAACGGAACUUGGCGCCAGAUUCUACCGAAUCUGUGGAAAGGGUAUUUUUUUAUCAUUUCAAAGAAAUUUAGGGUAAAACAAAAAUCUUAAGUGGAAACACUGUUAAAAAUUAUGUCGAAUAUUAGUUUUCUUUAUGGCGGGAACGCGAGGAGUGAAGUUGUGUGAUUUGUUGUAUUUUGUCUAUUUAGUGUUUCUUCAGGUUUAAAUGUGUAAUCAUGGCGGUUUAUUAACUGUUUAAUAUCUGUGAAAGAGCAUAAAUGUGGAAAAAUGAAACACACCCGCUGGACGUCUUAGUUACCAAGUCAAAAAAGUGUCGAAGAUUUACGAAGCUUUGGCGUUUGGCGUCCCUCGCCCAUUUCCUGUUUGGAAGGCCGUUGGUGUACAACAGAAACAAGAGGAUAUUAUCCGAACAUACCAGGCUUCAGCUAUCAUGACGACUUGGAGUUUAUAUGCGUUGGUCAGCCCAUGCACAAUUUCCUAUCAAUGUCAAGGCACCCUUAGAAGCAGGCAUCAAUUCAUCAGAAAAAGGCUUCCUUUGCAUCAAUCCUGGGACAAAUGAGCUGUCUUUUGUUGUGAGCCACAACCUUUGCCUGACUACUCGAAGAGGGACUGUGUUAUACAGAGACACGUCAAGUAAUUUAGAAGCUAAUAAUUUAUUUAGGAUUUGAUUUGUUAAACCACUUAAGAGGGUCUGCAAAUCGCUGCGUGAUGAUCUAUUGGAAGUAACAUUGUAUAUGGAAGCUGAUAAUACAUCAAUGAGUGAAUAUUUGAAAGCAGUUUACAAAAAAUUUCAAUAGAUUUUAUUUUAAAAUACACAUACAACUACAGGCUAGUCUGUUAUUGGGAGCUGUCAAGUAAGACAAUUCAGAUUCCUUCCACAUUCUAUUAAAACCUUAGAUAAAGGAGUCUACUGUAUGAUGUUGUUUAUAGGGAGGGGUCUUGUGAGGCUCAUUCAUUACUGACAGCAAAACAGUUCAUUAGUGCCCUUGAUGUAGACAUCACAGCAAAGGCAUCGAUAUUUUGAAAGCUAUUUAUUCAAUAUGAUGAUGAAGACUGGACAACUACAUUGAAUUAUUAAAUUUUUUUUGUUAAAUAUUGUUGUAUGAAUACCAUAACAUAAUGUAAAGAAACUGAUUUUUAUGUAAAAUUUCAACCUGUGCUCCAAGGUAUGUAAUAUGCUUUAAUUUUUAGUGUCUGUUAAUUGUUGGAACAAUGUCAUAUUUAUUCAGAAUAAAAUAAUCAGUGGGGAAUAUUAUCAAAUGUAAUCAUGUAUUGGAGAAACAAUUUAAGCCCACUAAUAAGGUUUAGGUAUAUUAUAAGGGUUGAAAAAAUAUCGGAAUAGAUAGGAAUAUUUCAUGGCACAUGUAAGUGAACAAGACAAUGUUAACAGCUAUUCAUGUUUUACACAUAAGCACACACAGACACAGACACAACCCACACACAACAUCAAAAUGCUUUUCAUGAAAUGUUUAGAUGUAAAUUUUUCAAGGGUUUUUCAGUAGUAUUUUCCAUAUAUUGUGUUUCUCAUGUUGAACACAUUUCAUAUUAAAGAAAAUAUUGGUCGCUAAUAGUAUCCACGACUUUAUCCAUUUAAACUCCAGUAUUCGUUUAUAACUGCAUUGUACAAUAAUUGAGAGCCACUCGUUCUUUAAACCUCGUUCAGAGACGCCGGUAUUUCUUGCAAAGGUUCUUGAAAUUUCCUGGUGUUUAAUUGUUCUUGUUUCUUAAUCGCAGUUUCGUUCGAAUAACGAUCGUAAGCCCGGGUUGCCGUCGUGCUACCACUUACUGAGCACGGAGGAGUCUGCUGUCGCAUGGUUGCCGAGACAUUUAACGCAACGUGGGCGCGCGUGGCAAUUAGGCGACGAGUGCCCGUAAAGUUGGCAUCGGUGGCACUGCCCGAGAGUGCCACGUCUAUAAGGGGCUUCGACCGUUACCCCAGAUAGGCCGCAAAUGGUGCGGAGACUUGAGGCAAUACGUUGGCCUUCCGCGGUGUAUGGAAUGAAAUGGUAUACACCAUAUUGUAUGGAAACUUGUCGCGACCGCUGUGCACCCGGUGCACACUUAUUAUCGGUUAUGCUUGCCUGAUGAGGUUCGCGUCCCUCCUGGAGCGCAUAAGUGGUCGUCCGGUGUGGCCAUCUUAAUUUGUAUUCCGUGCGCGAUGUUGUAGUGUGCAGCUCACCUAACCUUAUAUUUGUAACUGCACACACUAAAUUAUAACAGUAUUACACGAAUUGUCGACUUGAACAGUUCUCUUUUAUUUCACCUACAACACUCCAAUACAUGGCGACCCUUAGCCAGCAGUUAAAAUUUUGCAACAUACAUAAAUUACGAGAGUAGCUGAAUAAAUUAUGAACAAAUACAAUUAUGAAGAAUAGAAGUUUGUGAAGACGAAAAGAGGAAAGAAGAUUUUCAAAUUACAGAAGAUUGAUUUAGUAAAGCGAUGAAAACAAUAUAAGAACACAGAAAAGGGUGUUGCUGCCGGGAGCCGGGAGAAUGCUCAAGCCUUAUGAUGAGAGGAUAUGCAGGGCGCCGGGAGAUAAAUUGUACGGGUCCGAGGUGGAGCAGCUAGGAGUCAGUUAGAGUCCAAUGCUGAGGAGUUCAUUCACCCAUGCUACGUAAGACGUCAUGACCUACUUAUACGUUGACAGUAAAUACGUGCUUACUGCAAUGUAAGUUUUUGCUCUGAUAUUGUAAUAAUUUUUUUUACGUUAUUUUAAUGUUCUAUAUUGUAUGUUAUUAUUAAGUUCAUGCGGAAUUUCUUUAUAUUCAGUUUAAAGAAAUUAUGUCACAACAAUUGCGAGAUUUACAUGCUAAUUUAGAAUAUUUAAGAGAAUAUAUUAUAGUAAAACUUGGUCCAAAUAGGCGUACAGAGGAUUUAGGUUUUAAAAAACUAGAGGAAGCUCAAAAAGAAUAUAGUAAAUUGGAGUGUAUUUUGACUCAUUUGAAUCAAGAAAUUCAGGAUCAGAAAUUAGAUAAAAAAUCUUGUGAGAUUUUCCAAACAUUAAUUGAUGAGAUACGGCAUAAUUUUAAGAAAAUAAAGAGUUUAUUUUCUUUGAGAGAUAGUAGUAGUCAAACUAGUUCUAAAGAUUUGAUAGAAUAUUCUGAUUGUACUACAAAAAUGUCAGACUCAUUUGAUAUUAAAACUGCAAUUUCCCUGUUGCCGGUAAUGAAUGGCCAGGAGCAGGUGACAAAUCAACUUAUCGAUGGUAUUCUUCUUUAUAGCUCGCUCAUCAAUGAUGACAGUAAAAGUAAAUUAAUAGAUUUCGUAUUAAAAACACGUCUCUCACCUAGUGCAAAACUGCGCCUUAAAGCUAAGUAUACUGACAUCGAAAGUUUGGUAGGAGAUAUUCGCGUUUAUUUGUUACCGAAAAAAUCGGCUGUAGCAUUACAAACCCAAUUAUUUAGAGUUACUCAAGGUCGUAGGACUAUAGAAAAAUUUGGUUCUGAGAUUGAGGAGUUGUUCGUAAAUCUCACGAUUGCUCAGGCUAACGAGAAGCGCGAUGCAUAUGAGGUAUUGCGUCCCCUCAAUGAGAAGACUGCAAUUAAAAGGUUUAGCGAUGGUUUGGCCGACAGAAGGCUCAGCACUAUCAUCGCCUCGCGACAAUUUGCGUCCUUAUCUGAAGCUAUUACAGCUGCUGUAGACGAGCAAUCUAUGUCUUUCCACCCACAAGAGCAGGUUAUGCAAUUUAGAGCUAACCAAAAUGUUAGACGCGGCGGAAACUACAGAGGUUUCCGAGGCCGAGGAGAUAGCCAUUUUUAUAACAAUAAGACAAAUUAUAAUCGUAACUAUAAUUGUUAUGAAAAUAGUACAGGUCAACGAACUUCACAUAUCGUAAAUCGAGGUAAACACUCAGGCGAUCAACGCCGGCGUCAGCAUUUUCGCGGACGGCCGAUGCAUUAUCAGCGUGUACAGCAUAAUACGCAAGAGUCCAAUGUCCAAGACAACUUGCGCAACGAUAACACAAAUAAUUAUGACAACUUAGAGUUUUUUCGUACCUAAACAGUGCACUCAUUCGAUUUUUAGUUAUAGUAAUUUUUGUGUAAUUAAGUGUCAACUUAAAAAUAGUAAUAUCGAUCUUAAUUUAUUAAUCGAUAGUGGAGCUAGUUUAUGUGUAAUCAAGUAUGAAUGGUUGUCGCGACAUAAGAAAUUAUUGAAUUUAGUACAACAGGAUAAGAUAGUUAUCGAAGAAAUUAGUGGUAAUUUAGAGUCGAUGGGAUAUAUUUAUUUAAAUAUUAUAAUUAAUCAUGUGAAUUUUGCUCAACGCAGUUGCAGAUGCAUUGAGCCGGAUACCUAUUACAUCGAACAGCUUAAAGGAAAUGCAACAGCAUGUAGUAUCGGUCAUGACAAGAGCACAUGCUCGUAGGUUACGUAUUGACUGUGACAACAAUAAUAUGACUACGGAGGUAUCCUCUACUCCAAGGCCUGAUCAACCUAAAGUAGUGGAAAUCCUCAAACGACCAAUUGACGGCGUUGAAUUGAUUCUAUUUUGUAAUAAAAAUACAUUAAAACAGAUAGAAAAAUUAAAACAUUUUACUAGUGAUAAUGGUAACUGCAAAUUCGUGGCUGAAAAAUCAGCAAUUUUUAUAAUUUCUCAAUCGUUGUCUACCGUAAGUGUGUUAAUGAGAGAAUUAUAACGUUUUUGCAAGCAAAUCAAAAUAAACGAGCUCGUAAUAAUUAAAAGCAAGCGCUAUGAACGAUUUGUAAACAAUUUUAUAAAGGAAAUGCGCUAUUGAAAGAUUUUCCCAAGUUACUUGUUAUUAAAGAUGUGACAAGAAUUACUGACAAAGACACAAAGACUGUGAUCCUAAACGACUUCCACCUGUUACCCACGAGUGGUCACGCGGGGGUAAACAGAAUGUUAAAUAAUAUUAGGAAGUAUUAUUAUUGGCCAGGAAUGACCAAUGAAAUAUCAGAAUACGUAAAGAAAUGUAAAAGUUGUCAGAUUCAAAAGCAUUCCAAUAGCCGUACAAAGGAGCCAAUGGUUAUCACAUCCACGGCAUCCACUGCUUUUGAGAGAGUUAUUUUAGAUUUAAUGGGGUUAUUAGAUGUAGAUAAUUUUAAAGGAUAAUAAAGCAUAAAGAUAAUAAAGCAUUCAUAAAAAUAAUACAAAGAAGUUUGUAACUUAAAAUAUUGUUUUAUUGGAUUUUUGUUAGUAAAGUAUGAAAUUUAAUAAUAUUUUGUGUAAUUUAGUUUAAGUAAAAAAAAAAAGUAAUGAUGUAAUAAUAUCUUUUUUUUUAAAAAGGGGGAGGUGUAGUGUGCAGCUCACCUAACCUUAUAUUUGUAACUGCACACACUAAAUUAUAACAGUAUUACACGAAUUGUCGACUUGAA